AUGGCGCUGCCUCAGAACCCUCAGCCUCCUUUAAUCGUGGAACCUCCAAUUCCAGCCGGGCUGACGCUGCAUCAGAUCGGCAUCUUCCCAGCUUAUAUCACCAGUCGGACAGAGACUCUCAUCGUCAAAGAAAAGGGACUGUCUUUCAGCGGCGAUGACUUUGAGGUUUGCCAUGCCAACGGUUUCCCUAUUCUCAAGGUAGAUGGCGUGGUGAUGAGCUUGUCUGGACGCAAGAGGGUCUAUGACAUGAGAGAGAACCAUCUCUUUUCCAUCGUCAAGGAGCAUUUCCAUAUCCAUACUACGUAUGGUGUGGAAGACCCUCAAGGAGCGAGAAUCAUGACUGUGAGGAACUGCCUGCAGCUUUUUGGUUCCAGAGCUACAGCGACCUUCAAUUCGAUCGAUGGGUCAGCAGAGAUUCUUAAGAUGAAAGGAAACUGGCUCGACCGUAGUGCUGACAUCGUUGACACGGUUACGGACACCGUAGUCGCUCAUAUCGACCGCAAAUUUAGCGCCCGGGAUUUCCUAAUUGGCAAACAAGCAUAUGUCCUCAAAGUUUCGCCCGGUGUUGACAUGGCUCUCAUGGUAGCAAUGUGCAUCUGCUUUGAUGAGAAAAACAACGAGAACAGAGGCCGUUGA